AAAACGUCUGGCAGGUUAAACAGGGUUAACAAAACAAAAAAACAUUUGUGUUAAAUUAUCUUUAUAAACAUGAGCAAUUUAUUCUAAUAACAUAAUUUUUCUUUUACCUAAUACCUUCUAUGGGAAACUUUUCCGACAAAUUUCAAACCAAAACUAAAUUUACCAUUUCUGAUGACUGGCGGUAUCUUGUUUUUCACUAGUUAAAACCGUGUGCAUUUCAAAGGGCAGCAUUAAAUGCAUUAGACGAAGAACUAUGCAAUUACCUGUCCAUCUACCUUUCUUUUCUAUUACCGGUAAAGCGUAACAAAAUAUCAGACAAACUUUUUCACUCAUGAUCGUUUCGCAUUUGGAAACCAGUCCAGCCUGCAGUGAGCCUGAACCAGUGACCCGCCCGAGGCCGGGUCACACCUCCUGCACGUCAGCCUGCAGUGAGCCUCAACCAGUGAACCGUCCGUCAGCCUGCAGUGAGCCUGAACCAGUGACCCGUCCGUCAGCCUGCAGUGAGCCUGAACCAGUGACCCGCCCGAGGCCGGGUCACACCUUCUGCACGUCAGCCUGCAGUGAGCCUGAACCAGUGACCCGUCCGUCAGCCUGCAGUGAGCCUGAACCAGUGACCCGGUCCGAGGCCGGGUCACACCUUCUGCACGUCAGCCGGGCGGCCGGAUGUCGCCCCCCACUCGCGCAGAUGGGUGUGUGCACGGACCGCGCUGCUCGUCUGACGGCGCCCGUUAGCCGUCGGCCCCCCGCUGAGCGCAAUGACAGCUCGCCGGGCCCCGCCGCCGCCCACUCCGGCGCUGCUCGUCGUGGCCGGUCUGACGGCGCUGACCGUGACGUCAUCGGGGUGCUCGGGAGUGGCUGAGGCGCCUGUCGGAGUCUCAGGUGAGGCGUUCGCCGACGAUCGGAGUUCGUUUUCCAGUGGCUCGGCUGGCGGCUGGUGCCGGCGGGGUCCGGCCGCCCUCUGCGCCGCCCAGCCCUGGGGGGAGUCCGCCGCCGCCGCCGGGGCCCGGAACGGCUCCGGGCCCGGCGGCGGCACGCACACCGCGCUGCUGCCCCACUGUUUCACGGCGCUGCCGCUGGUGGCCGUGACGGCCGUGUCCGACUCGGCGGCCGUCUAUCGGUUCAAACUGCCGGCCGGCGCCGCGCUGAGACACCCGCUCGGCUCCCACCUGCUGCUGAGGGCCGCCGACGCCGACGGACGCGCCGUCACGCGCGCCUACGGGCCCGUCUCGGACCCGCAGGCCGUCGGCUACUUCGAGGUGUAUAUCCGUCUGUACCCGUCCGGCGCCAUGUCGAGGUGUGUGCGCCGCUGGCGGGUGGGCCAGACGGCGCUCUGGAGCGGGCCGUUCGGCGAGUACCGGCCGCGGCCGACCGACCGGCGACUGGUGCUGCUCGCCGCCGGCACCGGUGUGGCGCCGCUGGUCGGCCUGAUGGCGGAGGCGGUGGCGCGGCCGGCCGCGCCGCGGCUGUCGCUGCUGCUGUCCGUCCGCCGGCUGCAGGAGGUGUUCCCGCGCCGCCGGCUGGCCCGCUGGGCGCGCUCCGGCCGCAUCACCUACGAGCUGUUCGUGACCGGGCCGGAGGCGGACGGCGAGCGGCCGUGGCCCGGCGAGACGGUCACCCGCCGGCGGAUCCAGCGGCGUGACGUGCUGGCCGCCGCCCAGCAGCCCGGCACCGGCACCAGGUACCUGGUCUGCGGCCCUCAGGGCCUGGUGGAGGCCGUGCGGACCUUCCUCCGGCAGGCCGGAGUCAGCGACCGCGACAUCGUCAUAUUUUGAUUUUUGAUAUGCUUCUUUUGUUGCACUUUUGUGCUGGAGUUAAACACUUUUUAUUUCGGGUUUAUGUACUUACUUGAACCUUUAGUAGAACAGCUGAGCGACCUUUGCUGCAAUAAUACCUUGCACAUUAGGGAAUGUGUAAAGACUGUUUCUUGGCGUCAUGAGAGUGUCAUGUCAGACAAUAUUCUAGCAGUCUAGCAUGUUUUGUUUCAGUCAAUAUCGGUGCAGCAUCUUUUGACUAUAAAACAGCCUCGGUAUUUGACUUUUAUCAGCAUUUUCGUAAUGUCCUUUUUGUUUAUGAUGCCGCUGUUGCAUAGGGCAACAAUUUAGGUAACAUAGUUAUCGGCUUGUGCCGGUGCCCGUGACCCGUAAUUUAUUCUGAAGUAGAUAUUCCGAUGUCACUAAUAUCAGUCUUUCAGUACCUAACUUUCCCAUAUGGGUACUUACAAUGAUGGGUAGAUGGGUACUUACAACACAUGCUGAGUAAAACAGAUAUCAUAUUUUUGAGACUGUGGUAGGUCGACUGUUAGCCCUGUUUUCGCCCUCAUUUACCGCUUCGCUCGUGCGUACUCGUUCUCGAUCAAUCAGUUCGUCACACGGAGGACCAAAUAAAGAUAUAGUUCAUCUACGCAUCAAA